AUGGAGCACCUUCUUCACCUCAUCAGCCAUCUCUUUGAUGCAUUGCAUUGCCGUUUCGAAGUCUCCAGCUUUUUCCUGAUGACUCAGGAGGUUCGUGGCCACGCACAGCUGGGCGGAGCAGCUAAGCGGCCGGUGGUCUCGUGCAGUUCCGGAAGCAGGAAGUGUCGGAAGACUGUCGCGACGACGACGACGACGACCGACCAUGACGUGGAGGUGGUCAUGAGGAGGCUUCUCUCGUGGAACUCGGGAGAGGAGGACGGCCUCGGCCUGAUGGAGGAGGCCUGCCGGGUGCUGCAGGAGAAGGAGGCGAGUGUGGAGGAGCUGGAGGAGGCCUUCGCGGUGUUCGACGGGAAUGGCGACGGGAAGGUCGGCGCGGAGGAGCUGAUGGGGGUGAUGGAGAGGUUGGGGUUGGAAGAGGGGGCGAGGGUGGAGGAGUGCGAGAGGAUGAUCGCGGUUUACGAUGAGGACGGUGACGGCGCGAUCAGUUUCAGGGAGUUCAUGAACAUGCUAAUGAACUCUUAG